AUGCAGGCCGGGGAUUAUGGAUUUGUCUUUGAUGAGUACGAGCCCAACUCGGAAUGGGUCGUGAUCAAAUUCUGCUGGACAAUAGACAAAAAUUCAGAUGAAACGACCAUUAUAAUCACCGUCCGAAUUAAGCGGAAGCCAAUGUAUUUCUUGCUGACCAUAGUGCUUCCCGUACUGUUUCUUGCUGUCAUGGACCUUUACACGUUCGUCUUGCCAAGCGAUAGCGGAGAAGAGGAAGAACGAAGUGUCGGCGAUGAAUUGGAGGAAGAGCAAUGUGGCGGCGGUGAACAGGAGGAAGAGCAAUGUGACCGCGGUGAACAGGAGGAAGAGCAAUGUGGCGGCGGUGAACAGGAGGAAGAGCAAUAUGGCCGAGGUGAACAGGAGGAAGAGCAAUGUGACGGCGGUGAACAGGAGGAAGAGCAAUGUGACGGCGGUGAACAGGAGGAUGUGACGGCGGUGAACAGGAGGAAGAGCAAUGUUGCGGCGGUGAACAGGAGGAAGAGCAAUUUGACCGCGUUGAACAAGAGGAAGAGCAGUGUGACCGCGGUGAACAGGAGGAAGAACAAUGUGGUGGCGGUGAACAGGAGGAAGAGCAAUGUGGCGGCGGUGAACAGGAGGAAGAGCAAUGUGACCGCGGUGAACAGGAGGAAUAGCAAUGCGACCGCGGUGAAAAGGGUUAAGAGCAAUGUGGCGGCGGUGAACAGGAGGAAGAGAAAUGUGGCGGCGGUGAACAGGAGGAAGAGCAUUAAGGCGGUGGUGAACAGGAGGAAGAGCAAUGUGGCGGCGGUGAACAGGAGGAAGAGCAAUGUGAGCGCGAUGAAUAUGGAUGCUGAUGUAGACUCCAUGGAUGCCUUCGCAGACGAGCCGUACACGUGGAAGGACGUGUCUGACUUUCUGGACUUUUUCUGCUUCAUACUGUUUGCGUCCAUCCUCACUCUGUCUACUCUCAUUUGCCUUUAUAUGGCCUCCGUUGACAUAUAA